GUAAUCAUGAAGACAUUCAUUGUCAUUGCUGUGCUUCUUGCCACCACCAUCCCGUCUGCCACGUCAUCUAUCCGUCGUUUCAUUGUCAAAAAUGAGGUUUUCAUGGGCAGACAGGUCCCCGAAUUUUGCAUGGACUACUUUGAGAGCUCGUCUGCCAAGCUAAAGACUGAAAAUAUCAACCGCGAGCUGAUCAGCAACGCCCUUGACAACGAGAACGACUGGCAGAAACAGGAGCAAAAUUUCAUCCUACAAGCCACCAUCCAAGAGCUGGCUCUGAAAAAGUACGCCGACCACAUCUGUGAUGCCUCCGAGUUCGCACCGACCAUUCUAUCCGCUGAUUAUCAGUACACUUGUGUCGAGAUCUGUCAGAGCUGCAUGCCGGGAAGUGCCCCAAUCUGCUUCCAACGCAACCCCCGCUUCACAGGCCUCGCCCAAGUCUGCCUUUGCACCUACAAUCUGGAAAAUCCCAUCGACAACGCCGCCUUCUCACUUCGCCACGAAAAACGUGUGUUCAGCCGCAAAAUCCGCCGUACCUGAUGACCCCCGAAUUGAUAUUUUAUGUGCUUUUUCAUUGAAUAAACUGCAAUUUGUUGGAU